UUAUUUUUGACAUUUGUUCAUAUCGAGACCAUCAAAAUAAAAUUAACAGCAUCAAGUGUUUGUUAUGAGUGGUAUGUAGUUAUCUUGAUUUUAAAGAUAAAAUGAAAGUGAAUAUUUCCAAUGGCAACUUCUACAUAUCAGUCAUCCUUAUCUUCAGUAUAAUUGUAGAGAUAACAUGUCAAAAUUUUUGGAAGAUCAAUUCCUUAGAUCGAGAAACAUAUCGACCUAAAGAAGAUAAAAUUAUUUGGUGUACGAUUACACCUGAAGAACAACAAAAAUGUCGGAAUUUUUCAUGGGCAAAUGAAAGGGAUCAGAUUAAAGUUGGAUACAAGACAAUUAAAAUUGAAUGUGUUCAAGCCUCAAAUAAAAAACAAUGUAUGGAAUUAUUAGAUCAAGAAAAGGCUACAAUGACCACAUUGGAUGCAGGAGCAGUUUUUGCAGGUGGAAGAUAUCACAGUUUGGUACCAAUUGCUCAGGAACGAUUAGAGGGAGGCUUUAACUACUAUUAUGCAGUUGCUGUUGUCAAAGUUGGUAGUUUGAGUUAUGUAAAUUCAUUACAUCAUUUACGUGGUACUAAAGCAUGUUUCGCUGGUGUUGAAACUUUUGCUGGAUGGAUUUUACCCAUAAAUACAUUAAUGAAGGAAGGUGGUAUGGACAUUGUUGAUUGCAAUAAUCAUGUUAAAUCUGCUAUAAAUUAUUUUGGACCAUCAUGUGCAGUCAAUUGUCUUACUGACCAAUUUAACCCUAUUGGAGAUAAUUCUGAUAAGCUUUGCCAGCUGUGUGUUGGUAAAAUACCAGGAGGAAGGUGUACAGACAGUGAUCCAUAUGCCGGAUAUGAAGGAGCUUUUAGAUGUUUACUUGAAGCUGGAGAAAUUGCUUUUUUGAAACAUAACACAGUACAAGAAUUGUUAAGUGGACUUGAAUUUGGUUCCCUAGAUAUCAAUAAUUUUCAAUUACUUUGUAAAGAUGGUAGUAGACGUCCUUUAUCUGAAUAUCUUGCUUGUAAUUGGGGAAAAGUUCCUUCAGAUGCUGUUGUUGUAUCAUCAGCAGUAUCUUAUGAAGAAAGGACAAAACUGCAAAGAUUUUUACAAAAAUUUGCUGAAAGAUAUCCAAAAUUAAAUAGGAAUUUGACCGAAAGCACAAAUCAAAAUCAGUUUGAUCAAAAUAGAAACCCUUAUGAUCAAAGUUACAAUAACAACAGAUUUAAAAGACAGAAUAAUUAUAAUGACUAUAAUCCAUAUACAAGAAAUGAUAACAAUGGAUACAAUAGAAACAAUCAAAAUGAUGAUAAUCCUUAUACCAGAUAUGAAGAAAACAACCCUUAUGUCAGAAAUGAUGGGAACAACCCUUAUACCAACAAUCAAAACUCCAAUGAUCCUUUCAAUCGUGACCCAUAUACAAUAAAUAGAGAUCAAUUUGGUGUUAAUAUUGACCCUUAUGGGAACUCCAAUGAAAAUAAUCCUUAUGGAAAUACAAAUGAAGAUAAUCCUUAUGGAAAUCCUAAUGAAAAUAAUCCUUAUAAUCCAUUUAACACCGGCCAAUCUCAAGACAACUAUCCUGGAAGAAAUCAAACAGAUAACAUUACUUAUUAUGAAGUGUUUGACUUAUUUGAAUCUAGUCCUAAAUAUGGGAUACACCUCAACUUGUUAUUCCAGGAUUCCACUAGAGAAAUAAUACCUGUACCAGAAAGUCAACAAACAUAUACAACUUUCUUGGGUGAUUCACUUGAAACUAUUAUGGGUGUCAGAUCUUGUCCAGUUGCUAAAGUAACAUUAUGUGUUACUUCUGAAGCUGAAAAAAAUAAAUGUAUCAAGAUGAGAACAGCUCUCAAAGCGCAAUUAAUGAAACCGGAAAUGGAAUGCUACAAAGGUCACUCUCAGAUACAUUGUAUGCAAGCUAUCAGAUCUGGUACAGCUGAUGUAGCUGUUCUAGAUGCCAGUGAUGUUUAUACUGCAGGCUUAAACUUUGAUCUGAUUCCUUUUAUUAGUGAAGUUUAUAAUUUAGAAGAACCUGAGUAUUAUGUUGUUGCUGUGGGUAAGGAAUCAGAUCCCAGCACUGAAUUAACAUAUCUUAAAAACAAAAAUACUUGCCACGGUGGUAUAAAUACAGCAGCUGGUUGGGUCUAUCCAUUAGCUUUUCUACUUAGCAACGGUUGGAUGAGACCGUAUGGUUGUAACAGUAUCAGAGCAGCUGCAGAAUACUUUUCCAAAAGUUGUGUACCAGGUGCUAUAAGUACGGAGUACAAUACAGGAGUACCUUAUGAUAACAUGUGUGAUCUGUGUCAUGGAUCUAGUUUCAGAUAUUGUAGACGAGACGCUUCUGAAGAUUAUUAUGGUCACACAGGAGCUUUUAGAUGCCUAGUGGAAGGUGGAGGACAUGUUGCUUUUGUGAAACACACAACUGUUACUGAAAAUACAGGGGGUAAGAAGAAGGAAUGGUGGACAAGAGAUAAUUUGAAUGAUGAUUACGAAUUAUUAUGUCCAGAUGGUACAAGGGCUGAAAUUAAUGAAUACACAAAAUGUAAUUUGGGAAAAGUGAAAGCAAAUGCGAUUGUAACUAGAGGAGGAUACGGUUAUAAUGAAACUCAUAUCAAUUCAUACAUAAACCUCUUUUUGUAUGCUCAAACUUUCUAUGGUAGAAAAUUCGCUGAUGAAUUCAGUUUCAGUAUGUUUUCCUCUCAGCCCCCCUAUUCCGAUUUGAUCUUCCAAGAUGCCACCACUCAGCUUAAAGUUAUUCCGCCAAAUCAGCGUCACUACCCCGAAUAUUUAGGAAAAGAUUUCAUGCGAGCUAGAAGAAUAGUAGAUUGUCACGCAGGGGGUUCUAGUUUAACCGCAACGCUUGUAGCAGCUGCCAUCCCUAUGUUUAUACUUAGGUUGUUAUUGUAGUAUUAUUUUUUUAGUAACUAGUUUAAACAACUAAGUUGGAAUUUCUGGAACCGUUGGUGAUAUUCAUAUUGAACACACUGUUUACACUACCAUUUCAUCAACACUCACCGUUACACUGUCGGACGCGCGUUUCAAUAACACAGUUUACCUUCAGUCUCUGAAGAUGAUAACGAGGUAAACGAAAUGCGCGUCAGACAGUGUGAAGGUAGCAUAAACAGUGUGUUUAGUAGUUUAAAAAACGUGAUACAAAUAUUUCCGUCAAUUUCUUAACAUUGUACAAAUUUAAGACUCAGUAGAGUAUUCAUCUAUCAAUUUAAUGAUGCCGUGGUGAAAGACGAAAAGAACAAAUUCUUAAUUUUUUUUGAUUAUAUGUGCCUUUUUAAAAAUAACUCUGAUCUAAUAUUUAUUUUAAAUCCUAGAUUUAUACACAAGUGAAAUUAUAUAAAGUGUUUUGUUAAUAAUUAAGAUAUUAUUUAGGUAAAUCAACUUGUAUAUAAUUUUUACUGUUAAUGAAACACCCUUUAUAUUGAAUCUUAUUUUUGACUAAUUGUUUUAUAUGUGAAUCUCAAUUCCGUCCAAAUAUACAAAGUGUUUUUAUACAUUGUACUUUUUCAUUUUAAUAAAAUUUUAUACAAUCCU